CCUGUUGAUUCCCCCCAGGCUGCGAAACUAGACAACAGCGAUGCCAUCGCUCGCCUUGCAGCUCUAUCUGCACCUAGACCUGCGACCUUUUCCUUGGCGGAUCAUCAAGCCAAAAUGAACGAUACAUUGAUACGCACUCGUACGAUUGCAAGGAUAAAGUCAGAACGAUCUGGUCAAGGUCAGACUCUAGCCAGGAGGCACGAGGACGAAGAACGAGUGUGGAUGGAUACACAGAGAGCUGCGAGACUCCCACAUCGACAUGGUCAUCGCGACUCGUAUGCUCAGAAUGGAUUCGCUUCGAGUCCAACACCGCGAGUGGGCGAGGUCAUGUCGCCCGGCAUGGCUUUUCCAGCACGAAUGGGAGGUGGGAAUUCUACACCGUCUCGUCGACCAAUCCCAUAUCAUGCUUUCACGGCUGCCAGCGGAGAUAGUACCUUGUCGGGAUCGACUUAUUCAUUCCCCAGUUCGAGAGGUCUGUCCCUCAAGGAUGAACCAGCGUGGUUGGGGAUCCCAUCUGGUGCUUCAAGAGAGACGCCAGUGAAGGAGGAGAAACAUCGGCAAUGGGACACUGGUCCUCAGACAUUCGCCGAGAUGGGCUUUAUAGAUGUUUGUGUGGUUGAAGUCUUGGUUUGACCUGUGAUGUAUACAUCCGAUCACCUGCACACAACAUGGUGCAUCUUGACACAUCGCCAUAGGCUCAAAACGGUGCCACCUCAAUGAUCAAUUU